AAGCUUGGUGCAGCAGAAGAGGAAGAAGACGGAAAAAUUUGUUUGAUGUUCCGCAGGCAAGAAGCUGGCCAACUGUGCCGUGAUUGCGAACCUCGAUUUUAGACUUGGUUGUGCUGGUUGUGUCAGGCGCACGCAGUGAAUGACUUACUUCGGUGAUGUCGCGUUGGGACAGUGUGUGAGAUUAGGAUUGAUGAAGUGAUGCGUGCGUGGGGUAUGAGGUGAGAGGUGAUUGGUGGAAGGUGUGGGAGAACAGACUUUAGUUUGAGGAGAGGAUUCACAGUGAUGGUGAGCUGGAGGAGAGUAGAAGAGCACGGGACAAAGACGGAGAGACGAGAGGCCUAGAGAGGGAGGAGGGUGGAGGGUCAGAGAAGGAAUGUAUCAGCCUCGGAUGUUUUCGGAUCUGCCGUCGCCCAAGAAGCUGGCAUAUGAAGAAUCCGAAGCGGACGAUCUCAGCCUAAGGGGUGAGGAUGAAGCUGAGUCGACUCGUGCGUCGACUCCACAGCUUGCAUUUGUGACGACGCGAAGAGAUACCGGAGGUGGUGGGGAUCUCUCGCCAUUGAAAUCUGUAUCUGGGACUGAUGGAGGUCAUUUCAGCAGUUUUAAUUUAUCGCCUCCCAGGACGAUUCGCGGGGGGAAGAAGAGACAUCCUGCGCUCGCAAUGGCUGCUGGAAAUCCCGUCCCGAGUUCUCCAAGGAGCGAGCAGCCGAAUGCUGGUACUCCAGUUCGAGCUGCGAAGCGAAAAACGAAGCUCACUUUGCAGUCGCGGCCAUCACCAGAUAAUCAAAGGGAGUUCCAAUGCAGGACAUCGCCCUCACUUACCCGCGACCAAUUCGAUACCUCCCGCGUUAGUGCCUCGGCGAUCAAAAGUUUGCAGCAAUCCGCAUCAUUCUCUGGUAUCAGCGGUAGUGUCAAAUUGGGCCAACUAUCACACAAGGGGGGAGGUGACAGCAUGCCAUCGACCCCGCAAGGAUCAAGAAAGACACGAAACUUUGAGCUUUACAGCAGCACAACCUCUCUAGGAUCAGUUACGUCGGCUGCUACACCUCGUAGCGCAAGCCGAUCGCUGCGUUUUGGAGGCCGUUCUUCGUCCUCGAAAGGAUUGGCGGGUUUGUCGAGCACUAGGGCCUCAGGAGCGGCUGGAAAUCGUGUAAAGGCGCUAUUUCAAAACCAACAGGCAGCUACGAUCGCGGCGGAAACCCAUUUCGAGUUGGAGGAGGAUCCAACAUUCUGGCAGGAUCAUAAUGUUCAGGUUUUAAUUCGGACACGGCCAAUAAAUGACUCCGAAGCGUCGCAACAGGGACACAGCAGAUGCGUGAGACAGGAAAGUGCUCACUCCAUCACCUGGCUUGGGCAACCAGAGUCGAGAUUCACGUUUGACCAUGUGGCUGGCGAGUCCAUAUCUCAAGAGGAGCUCUUCAGAGUUGCUGGACUGCCGAUGGUUGAAAAUUGUAUGGCUGGGUACAACAGUUGUAUGUUUGCAUACGGCCAGACAGGGAGUGGUAAGACUCAUACCAUGCUUGGGGACAUUUCAGAUCUUGAUAGCCAACCCAGUGACAACCGAGGCAUGACUCCGCGCGUGUUUGAGUCCCUGUUCGCAAAGAUAAGAGAGGCUGAAGAGCUUCAAAAGCACGAGAAUCUGAAAUUCACAUGUAGGUGUUCUUUCCUGGAGAUUUACAACGAGCAGAUUGGGGACCUUCUGGAGCCAUCCUCUACGAACUUACAGAUGCGAGAGGAUGCUAACAAGGGAGUGUACGUGGAGGGCCUCGUAGAAGUUGAAGUUCAGAGUGUCCAAGACGUUCUUCACCUUCUCCUGUUGGGUGCUGCCAACAGAAGAGUAGCGGCUACAAACAUGAACAAGGAAAGCAGUCGCUCGCACAGUGUCUUCAGCUGUAUCAUCGAGAGCCAGUGGGAGAGCGACCAUAUGAUCAAUUUCCGUUUUGGACGUCUUAACCUUAUCGACCUUGCAGGUUCAGAAAGACAAAGGGCUUCUGGAGCUGAAGGGGAACGAUUGAAGGAGGCAGCUUGUAUCAACAAAUCACUUUCAACUCUUGGGCUUGUCAUAAUGGUGCUGGUGGACACCGCUAAUGGUAAACAGAGACAUGUUCCAUACCGUGAUUCAAAACUGACUUUUCUCCUCCAGGAUUCGCUCGGUGGAAACUCCAAGACAACGAUCAUAGCUAAUAUCAGUCCGUCGAGCUGUGCUUCUCUGGAGACUUUGAGCUCACUCAAGUUUGCACAGCGCGCCAAGUUCAUUCAGAAUAAUGCUGUGAUCAAUGAAGACACAGCUGGAGAUGUGAAUGCCUUGCGUCAACAGAUACAACAAUUAAAGGAUGAGCUGGCACGCCUGCGGAGACAGAGCAUAUCACGGAUACCAACUAUACGGGCAUCUGGUGGUCUACGGGAAGAAGCUAUAUAUGAAGGAAGCCCACCCAAAUCAGAGGAGCUUAAUAGUUCGAUGGAGGGUUCCGUCGCGCAUUUCGGAAGAGCUCUCCAGAGCCCGACUUUCCUUAAUAUAAAGGUUAAGUCCCUGGAGGCCGUGUUGGCGGGUGCUCUUCGACGAGAGCAGGAGGCAGAAUUAGCAUCGAAGAAGUCAGCUGCUGAAAUUGAACAUUUGUUUCGUAUGGUUAAACAGCGUACCGGAGGAACAUGUUGUAACAAGACGAUUCUGCGGUUGCACGAAGAAAAUUUACAACGGCUGGAGACUUCAAGUGAUGGUGAUGCGACCACAGAGGUGAGCUUCGGAGAAGAGGCAAUUUCUUCUCUGAAAGAAUUGUCGCUAACUUGGGACGGAAGAGGCUGCGAUCCCGAGGUCACGAAGCUGGCGAUGGAGAACAUGCGCCUUCAAGAGCAACUUCGCAAGUUGCAACACUUCCAUACCAAUGGGGAGCGAGAAGCUAUGGCUCAAGAGAUCUCAGAUUUACGUGAUCAACUUGUGGACUUGCUGGGUAUAAAGCUUUCUCUCGAUUCUCCUGCUCAUUCUCAGGAAAUUGAUUCUGCAGUUAGAGUUGCUGCGGAUCGACGCCAAGGUUCUCAGAUGAAGACCUUGGAAGUGAAUCAUUUGGAACUGAAAAACGCCCAGCAUCAGCGACACCUUUUUGCGCUCAAGACUCAACUUAUUAAGAGUGAGGAGAAAGCGGAGGAAGAACUGAAAAAGAGAACCGAGCUUGAGCAUCAGCUGAGAGAGCUCCUUCAAGAGACAAUCAGUCUGAAGGCUUCAUUAGAAGACGAGCGCGUGCCUGGAAGAGGUCUAGAAAAACAGAUUGAAGAUUAUCGGGCGCAAGAAUGCAGAACGUUGAAUCGUGCAGAAAGUUCCGAAGCUCAUGACCCGAUAGGCAACAGGAGAGUGAGACACCAUGAUGCUAUUUUGCAAUUACAAAUGGAGUUAGACACCUUAGAUGGUGAUCCGGAGUCGACCAAUAGGAGCUAUAUGUGGGAAGAAGGAACUCGAGACAAAAAUGAAAAGGACGUUGCGGGAGUACAUCAUUCUGUGACAAUCCUGCAGCUUCGAUCGGACUUGGAAUCGGCGGAGAUCACACUUGAGAAGCAACAACAACUACUAAAGGAGGUGGAAGCUUCUCGUGAAUGCCUCCAGAAACAGUUGGAUGACACAAUCUCACAACUAUAUACCGAGAAGGAAGCAGUCAUCUUUCUCGAAAGUUGCCGAACUCGUGCUGAGAUUGAGAUUGAUUCUUUGCGAGAUGAUCACAAAGUUUUACUCGAAAAAAUGAGGGAGAUGGAAGAGAAGGAGAGCAAAAUGAAACAAGAACUAACUCAACUGAAGUGGGAAAUAAGGAAGGAACAGGAGCUUCGCAGUAUUGAAAGGGACUUGAAACAACAGAACAAGCAUGGUGCACGGGUCGAUCUUCCGAUAAUCGCUCUUGAUGCUGAGUUUGAAAAUGCAACACUGGAGCUGGAGAGAUCUAAGAAUUUGAGCACAUCAUCCCGAUGUGAGAAAUCCUGUAGAGCCGAAAGGACACUUGAGCAACAAAUGGACACAAGGCCGAGAGCUGAAUUGAAAGAUGCCCUCGGUACCACUUCAAUUCAUUUGGAGCUCUCAGAAUUGCGAAAUGAGGUCGCGGGUGCAAUGGAGAGGGAAACUGCUACUAGGGAUAAUGUGGCUAGAUUGUCUGAAAUGUUUAGAGAAAAAGAUGCUGAGACAUGCGAACUUCAACAGGAUUGGGAAGAUGCUGCCGCCAAGUUGAUUGACUACCUAGCUUCUGGGAAACUAUCAGUUGAUGUUGCGUGUUUAAAAUCAUCUCAAGACUUGUUCAACAUACCUUUGUCUGUGGGGAAGAAUGCGGUGACUGACCGAAUAGUGAGUAAAGUCUUGACGAAAAAAACAGCAAUUAUGGACAUUACGAAGCAGCUUCAACAUACCCAAAAUCUUACCAAUUCGUUUGGACACAAGCUUCAAGACGCUUUAAGCAAGUUCUCGAACGAUUACAGCGCUAUGUGUUGUAAGUCUGACCUUGAUGAGGAUGCCAAGGUAUCAAUACUUCAAGUCCACAAAGACUCGAUAUCUUUGAAAGCAGAGGUGGAUUCAUGUGAUAUAUAUCUUAGAGAAAUCGAGAGACAAUCCACGAUAGCAUUUAUUCUUGUUUGGUGGCUAUCCGAAACAGCCAGCUUACGAUGUGUUGCUGAGGAUAGAAUGAGAGUAGAACUUACAGAAGCUGUUGCGAAGAUACAAGAAAUACAGGGUGUGGUUUUCUCAUUGCAGCUGGAGCGUGAGAAAACACCAGAGCAAGAGUCUCGAGCCAUCCAGUUAGAGGCGCUCAGAGUACACAGAGAACUCGCGGCCUGGGAGGAGGAAAGAAUACGAUUGGCUGCAAAGAACCGAAGGUUUGAGACACAAGUUGGAAGAACGGCGAAGAUAUUGGAAGAUCUCAACAUACAACUUUGGUCGGCUGAUCAACGGUUACAGCAGGUUACCCAAAUAUCGUUAGAUAUUGACAAAGCACAAAGUAGUUUGGUAAUCGUUAAAGAAAACUGGAACCUCAAGAACUCUGCAUUGGCAAUGGCUGCUAGAGAAGCUGAGCAGCGGCCCACACGAAUUGAGGAGGAGUUAAGCGCCGCGAAAGGUGAGCUUAAAAAACUCCAAGCCCGAACUCGCGCCGCGGAGGCCCGGGGGAACGAGGUACAAAAUGAGAAGGCUCAACUUGAGAAGGAGUUGAAGCAUUAUCUUGAUGCCGUUCAAGUACUUCCUGAUGAUUUACAAAAUCAGAUUGAACUGAAGGAACACGAGAAUAUUAGGCUGAAGGAACAGAUGGCGGAGCAGUACGAGGAUUGGGUCUUAGAGAGGUUAGAUCUCCUAGCAGCAACUAGGGAGGCAGAGUCUCGCUGCAUCGAGAAAAAUCAAAUAAUCAGGAGUCUGCAAAACACCCUAGCUAAGCUUGAGGAACAGGUGUCAGGUGGUGGCUACAAACAACACUUACGGAAGGGGAGCAAGUACAAACCUCCAGAAGACGAAUUGGUUUCGCGAUUGGAGUAUAGGGUGGAAGAAUUGAAAGAAGGUAUUGAUCGGUUGACAGCAGAAAACAUGGAAAUGAAAAAUGAAAAACGGUUACUAUCUAACGACCCUGACGAGAAGAUCAAUAUAGUUGCACAAAAAGAGAAAGAAUCAUCUGCUAUGCAGAAGAGGCUAAUGGAGACAGAAGUAGACCGGAGGCAGGUGGAGGCCAAAGUAGCCACACUCACACUGUUGAUCAAGGAUUUAACUUGCUCAAAUGAGAGUUUGCUUUCUGAGAAUAAGUUUCUUAAAGUUGAGGUUGAGAGGCUACGGUCAUGCUGGGAAUCUGUGAAAAUGGAACUUGAGUCCUACCAGAAGGAAUGUGACAGUGGUCUGAGGCGCCUCAUUGAGACGGAAGAGAACAAGGAGUUCCUUGAAAGUCAUCCAAGGAACAUGCCUGCUGAAGGGUUAAAGAAUGUUCCAGCAGAACUUAAGGAAACUCACGAAUCCCUGGCUAGUUCAGAGGAACAGGUGAAUCUGCUGACAGAAAAGGUUAAACUGCUGAACGAAAUUGUGUCAACUAUGGGCAAAGACUGGGAGACAGAGAGGCAGAACUUGAUCGCUGAGAAAGAGGACUUGAGAAUGGAGCUUUAUAGGUUAGAGCAACAUGCAGGUAUUCGCAGGGGUUCGGAUCAACCUCUGCGUAACCUCGAUGAGAACCGAUCGGUUUCAGUACCUGACGCACGAUUCAACACCAAACAAAAAGACAAGCAAGAGGCAGAGAACACGAGAACUGAGAAUGUUAAAUUACGCAGCAGAAUAUGUGAGCAAGACCAGGCUUACUUGUGUGUACGAAUGGAGCUAUCCGCUGUUCGCGCCGAACGCAAGAACUUGGAAAUCGAGAUAGAUAAGAUAGUUGCAGAGAAGCAGCAUUUCCUUCGAAAUGAAGAAGAUGUUCGGAAGCGGCUGGAAGCCACUUCGUUGGAGGUUACUCAACUGCACGCCCAUACUCGAAGCUGCGAAGCUGAAUUACAAAGACUAACGACGCUGCUUGUCGAAUCUGAGGAACAGAUGAAUGCAGCCCAGAAAGCAUGGAGGGAAGAAAAGGCGGAACUUGAAUCCCAGAGAGAGGAGGCGCAGGUGGAAGCAAAUGAGAAAAAGAACCAAGCAGCAGCCAUGUUGGUGAAGUUAGAGGAAUGGAAGACCACUCUCAGGGAUGCUGACUCAAUGGUCACCUCGCUGGUGAGUGCGAACAAGAAAGCGAAGGAGCGAUGGAGGAGGGAAAAAGAGCUACUGGCGUUGGCACACACGGAGGAAUUUAAGAAAAUGGUUCAAGAGAUGCUGGAAGUGGUGGCUCUUACGAAGGAACAAGUUGACAUGACCAUGGGUCUCGCUGAAGGCGAAUUGCAUGCACUCGUCGCAGAGGCCCAUAUACUGAAGCUGGAUAUGACACACGAGAUGCUAAAGCUCAAAAGAGAGAUAUCAGAGAACAUUUAUGAUAAUUCAGGAUCCAAUGAGCUGCCACCGUCUGCGAGGUGUUUAGAUAGCGAGCGGCGGUCAUGGGAGCAUCAAAUUAAGGCUGCCAGUGUUGUGUUGGCUCAAAAGGAAUCAACCAUUCGUAUUCUUCAGACCGAGGUUGAAAAGUCCCGAAGACAAGCAGAGAGCGGUCAAACUCUGCACACAGAAACGCAAGCACUGCUACAAGAGAAAGAGAAGAUAGUAUUGAAGCUUGUCAAUGAGUUGAGUUAUGUCAAACAAAGUAUGAAUCGAGAUCGUAACCUGCGACAGAGCUUGACACGAGAUGUAGACGGUGUCACUAGUCUGCGACGUUCAUUCUCCUGCAAGAUAAGCGAGCAAAAAGACGACACUGUGAGGAUUCUCAAAGAGGAGCAAGGGCAACUGAAGACGAUGAUUUUCAAUCUAGAAGUUGAGAAUGCAGAGCUACAGCAGCAGAUACUGGAAGCAGGAAUGAAAACUAAAGCUCUUGAGUCUGCAAUUGAACUUUUCCAGAAAAGCGGUGAUCGUUGGAUGGAGGAGGUGCAAUCGUUGCAUGAGCAUCUCGAUGAGAGAGAUCGGCAUAUCUGCGAGCUAGAAAGCCAUAACGUACAGCUUAGAGACGAGAUGCAGCGACAGGCGGCAUCUUUUGCUGAACUCUACGAGCUUCUAAAGAAGCAAGAAGGUGCUCUGGAAAGUGAAGCUCGGACAAUCGCGAAUCAUAUUGCAGCUGAAAAGGAAGUCCUACUCACACUGCAAGAGGAAAAGGCUGAGCUCAAAUCUUUGGUGGAGCGAUUGGAUGCAGACCUCACUAUUUACGAGAAAAAGGCUUCUUGUGCAGGGAGAUCACAGGCCGAAGUUGAGCGGCUUCAGGUUGAAAUGGAAGUUCUUCGGAAGGAGGUAACACGGAUUGAAUCUAUACAAAAAGAACUAGAAGUGCAGAAUGCAACGGUUGAUGAGAUUUUAGUUCAACGUGCAAAUCUUGAGUCAGCUCUUGCUUCGAAGAACAACGAGCUCACCAUGUUAGGAGAAGAACUAAAGUCCACUAGAAAUUCAGCUGACAUGGCUGCCCAUAAGAGCGAAGAGUUGGAGGGCCAUGUGCAGGAUUUACUCGGAAAAGCGUCAGUUUUGAAUGAGGAGCUAAGAAGAAAGCGAGCCGCCAUUGAAGCUUUAGAAGCUGCGCUCCUGACGGUUGAGGACACAAUGGCUCGAUGCCUUGAAGAAGCCUCGGUAGACUUAAAGGAGUUGGAGACUGAACGUGACUAUCUUCUCUCAGAAAUCCGUGCUCUUACCGAGCAGGUUGAACUAAAACAAAUUCUUGCCGAUGAACAAACUGCCAUAGCUGUUGAAGCUCGCCAGGAUGCGGAAUUUAGCCGAACGCGUGCUGAAGAGAAAGAAAUCGAAGCAGAAAUUCUCGGCAAAUCUGUAAUGGAGUUGGAGAGCACAGUCUACGCCCUUGAAUCCCAGCUGGGGCUUGUAACAAGGGAGUGCGAGCAACAACGAUUGAUGAGGGAAGACAUGGAAAUGGAGCUACAAAGGCUGCAUAACAGCAUGUCGGUCAGGCAAGCCGCUCUCGAGGAGGCCAAUGCACGAAUUGCAGAUGAAAUUCUUGAAGCACAGUUUGCACGAGAAGAAGCAGAACGGAAGCUUGAAGAGAAGGACGCUGAGAUGCAACAGGCGCAGAAGAAGUUGCAAGCCCUUCAGAAAGAUUCAGAAAUUAAGGCUGAAAAGCUAAAACACUCCAAGGCACAAAUCACAUACAUUCUUGCUGAGGCUGAGAAGAAGGCGGCCGAAUACGAGGGAAAGGUGAAGCUUAAGACAAUUGAAACCGUGCCGGAAGAGCAAGCUAAUUCUCAAUCAAAAAUCCUGAGAGGUCCGAGACUCAAAGGGACAGGGUCGACAUUCGCUUGCAUUGGAAUGGGCCACCAAGUGAACUUUGAAUUGAAUGUGGAACGCCAAAUAUAUGAGCACCGCAUCCAGGAGUUAGAAACUGAGCUCAUCAAUCAACAAAACGAGGUUUGUAUUCUGAAUGAAAAGCUGGGAGCUGCUGAGAGGAUGACCCGUGAAUUGUUCGGGAAUUUGCUUGAAGUAAAGUCGGACAUGACCAAUGUUGUGAGAGUUCUCGGCGAACAGCAGGAGCAAAACGCAUUGCAUAUUCAGGAAGCAUCUUUGGAAAAAGAGGAUAAAGAAGCAGAGCAACUGAAUGAGAAGCUUAACGAAGUUAUUGAAGAACGAGAGAGUUGGUUAGAAGAGAUCAGCCGGAAGCAGUCCGAACUAGUGGCUGCCCAAGAUGCUGUAAAUAGACUUCGGGAGCGUGAGCGAGUACUUUGCGCUGAGAAUGAAAAUCUCAAGGUUGAACUUAGAACUCAACAAAAGAUAGCUGGCGGCCUGAAGCAAGAAGUAGAGAAACUGUCUGGACAGCAGAAUCUCCAGCAACGUAUUAAGCAUCAUGUCAAGAUCAAGGAUGAGAAUAACUUGCUGAGGAUUCAAAAUGAUGAACUCAGUGGGAAGCUCAGACGAGCUGAAGUUCUUCAUGCCCGAGUUAGCGAGGAGCUUACUAAGUAUCGCCUUUCAGAAGGCAAAACACCUCUGAUUAACUUUGAUGAGGAGCAGCGUCUCCGCACCGAAGUGCAGGAACUAGAGGAGCAGAAGUCCAACGUAUCUCAAAAGCUAGAGGACGUGUGCGCUCAUAUUCUGGAAGUUGCAGGCAUAGCGGAUUCCAGUACUGGCAGAGAACCUGUUAUGGCCCUAGAAGUUCUUAGUCGUUUAAAAAGUCGGCUCGAGUCCUCUCAAAAAGAACUUGAAGAUUCUAGACUUAAGGUAAAAAUCGUGGAAGAGAAACACAGGUUGAAUGAGCUACGCAUUGCGCAAUCGCCCAUGAAGCGCGUUGAUUGCUACGUGGCCUCGAACUUGGCGCCCCGAUGAGAUGUUCCUGCUGAUUCAGUCCCCUUUCUUCGCAAGACAUUUAAUAGAACGCUCAUUUUUUUACGCUACGCCGAUACCGCCGCUCAAUUUCUAGUGACGAAACAGAUUAUCAUAUAAAAUAUACAGAUAAUUCAAAGACAACCUGUUAUUAGCAGGUGGGAUUGCUGCAACAAACAGAUAUCAAUAUGGACUGCUGCAACGUGGUGUUCUGCAAGCUCAGCAUAGAAAACUGUCAAAUUGGUCGUAUCCAGGUUCCCCUUCCUGGUUGGCCUAAAGGUCCGGCGUGCAGGGAGGGCCUAGAAGAUCAAUUCUAUUUUAAGAUACUGUAUGAUAGAAAAGCAUUUCCUGAGAAAGAAUUAGGAAUGGAAUGAAGAGCAAACAAUCGCAUUGGGGCUCUAAAUUCACUAACAACGAUGAGAAAAAUUUGUUUUCGCUCAGACAGAAGCUCUUCGUCCGUAUUUGAUGACAGAAUCAUCAAAUACAGUAGUCUUCUGAGAUCAUUUGCUCAAGCAGAAACAUUUAAAAACAUAGUCAAAUGCAGAGCUGGUUGGAGCAGCAUCAACUUCACGACACAUGCCAGAUUAGUUCAUGCUAAUGACGAAACUGUAAAAUUACGGCAACAAGAAAUUUUGACUAGUUCUGGGAUCUCGUCUCCGGAAGCUGCAACCCAACUCAAUUGUUUGUUUCAGGUACAAAAAGCCCACAUGGAUAUUGAACAUAACAAUUCAUGCAAAUACAUUGAACUUCGCAAGUUGACCGUUUUUGCUGCCAAGCUAAAAUCGAGGUUUCAGCACUGACAAAUGCAACCCAUCAAGAUGAUGGAAAGUUUUUACUCGAUCUUAACAGGUGUUGAUAAACAGACCGUUGAUGGGUUCCGAUGCUUGACUCUGCCCUGAACGGAGAGUCCCAGUGGCUGGUUCAAUGUGUGGAAAAGUGCAGUACAGUGUAGAAUUCUCUACUCUCAUUCUCUUGGAAAUAUUAACAGCUGGAGUAGUGUGAACUAGAGCUUCCAGGUGGCUGUCGCACCCAACAAGCACACUGUAGUGAAUCCGCAGGGUGGGCGACAAAGUCCUGCUUUUCUCCUCUUUCUUCCCCACCAUUUCCUUUUUUAGAUCACCGAUUUCGAAGAUGCAGUUCCCUCUUCCCGAGGCUAUUCCCAUUGUAUGGACACAAUUCUACAUGAAUCCACGGCAUGUGGCUUGUGACGACGUCGAUCCGAGUCAAGCUCGCCGAGUUCCUUGA